AAAAAUUAUCGCGUCUUGAUCAGUAUCACGGUAGAGUCAAACUAAGUGUUUUUGAGCUACUGAUCAAAAGUGAAAAUUAUUCCGGAAUUACAAUGGAGAUUGCGUACGUUUUGUUUGGCUUACUCACCAUUGGUGUUGCCGCAGCUAACCCUCCCUUCGAGGCUAGAGAAAAACUUAUCGCCAUCGAGGAAGCCAGAGCACGGGAGGCGCUGGAGCAAAUUCGUCAAGAAAAACUUCAAGCCAUUAGAAAUGUUUUGGAACAGAUCAAAGAAAAUGCCAGAGAAAAAUUGAAACAAUCACAAAACAGUAAUGAAGACUCCGAUGACGACGACGAACAACCAGCACCGCCUCCAAGACCGGUUAGCGGAGAAAGUGAAGGUUCGGGAGAAGACGACAAUUCGGAACCGGAAUCAACUGACGAGCCUGAACAACCGGAGCAACCACCAAAACCGUCUCCAUCUGACUCAGAGAAAUCGAAUGAAAGCGAUGAUGACAAAGACGAAAAUGAUAGCAAUGUUGAAAAUGAUUCCAACAGUGCUGACAGUAACGACGAGAACAAUAGCAAAGAUGACGACAACUCUGAUGAUGAAGAUGACGAUAGGAAUUCUAGGAGAGAGGAGAGAUUGCCUCGCGCUGGUUCUAACGAUCGCGGCAGCUGGUGGGGAUCGCUAUGGGGUUGAUUGAAGUAAAGCUGCAUUUAAUUUAUAUUUCAUACCCCGUAAAUGGCUUAAUGUAUAAUGCAAAUACGCCUGUGGCUAAUAAUAAAAUCUAGACAUAUGAAUAAAAAAAACGAGUUUACUUUGCAUUAGGUUUUUCCAGCUUAAAGAUUUUACUUUUUGG